ACUUGAGAAAAACAAAACUGAAAUAGCCCUAACUACUCCACGCACUUGAAGCCGACUCCUCCUCCGUCUCAGCAGCGCCGCUGCCUCUCUCCCGUUCAGCCUCCGACGUCAUCUUUCUUCCGUUCGUGUCGCCGCCGCAGCCUCCUCCCCCCACGGAGAUUGCGCUGAUUUUCUACUCCUUUUUGUUACAGAUUUAACAGUGGCAAUGGAGCAAGACAAUGAAGAAGAAGUGAAGACGUUUAAGGACUUGGGGAUAUGUGAGCAAUUGGUUGAGGCAUGUGAUAGUUUAGGCUGGAAAAAUCCAUCCAAGAUUCAGGCUGAGGCCAUUCCUCAUGCGCUAGAAGGAAAGGAUUUAAUUGGACUUGCACAGACUGGUUCUGGAAAAACUGGAGCUUUUGCUCUUCCCAUUUUGCAAGCCCUUUUGGAGGCUCCUCAAGCUUUUUUUGCAUGUGUACUUUCUCCCACAAGGGAGCUUGCAAUUCAGAUUGCUGAGCAAUUUGAAGCUUUAGGGUCUGGCAUUGGUAUUAAGUGUGCAGUGCUUGUUGGAGGUGUAGACAUGGUGCAGCAAGCAAUUAACUUGGCAAAACGGCCACAUAUUGUCGUUGGGACACCUGGGCGCCUUGUGGACCAUCUAUCCAAUACAAAAGGUUUUUCCCUCCGCACAUUGAAAUAUUUGGUCCUUGAUGAGGCAGACAGGUUAUUGAAUGAAGACUUCCAAAAGUCAAUAGAUGAAAUUUUAGAUGAAAUUCCUCGUGAGAGGAGAACGUAUCUAUUUUCUGCUACUAUGACUAAAAAGGUUCGGAAACUUCAAAGGGCCUGCUUAAGGAAUCCUGUUAAGAUUGAAGCGGCCAGCAAAUAUUCCACAGUAGACACACUGAAGCAAGAGUAUUGUUUUAUCCCUGCGAAAUAUAAGGAAUGUUAUCUUGUCUAUAUCUUAACUGAGAUGUCUGGUUCUACAUCAAUGGUCUUCACUCGCACCUGUGAUGCUACUCGCCUUCUAUCAUUGAUUCUUCGAAAUCUUGGAUUAAGAGCCAUCCCCAUAAGUGGUCAGAUGACCCAGGCAAAGAGACUAGGAGCCUUAAAUAAGUUCAAGGCUGGAGAGUGCAACGUUCUUAUCUGCACUGAUGUCGCCAGCAGAGGACUUGAUAUUCCAUCUGUGGAUAUGGUCAUAAAUUAUGAUAUUCCUUCAAAUUCCAAGGAUUACAUACAUAGAGUGGGAAGAACUGCUCGUGCAGGUCGUUCUGGGGUUGCCAUUUCGUUAGUUAACCAGUAUGAGUUAGAGUGGUACAUACAGAUAGAGAAGCUCAUAGGGAAAAAACUACCACAGUUUUCGGCACAGGAAGAGGAAGUUUUGAUGUUGUUCGAUCGUGUGGCCGAGGCGAAGAGAAUAUCUAUUAUGAAAAUCAAAGAAAGUGGUGGCAAAAAGAGAAGGAGAGGUGGAGGAGAUGACGAUGACAACGACGACAAUGACGUUGAAAAGUAUCUACGUCUCAAGAGUGGAAAGAACGGGAAGAUGUCGAAGAAGUUUAAUAAAAAACGAGUCUAAAUUAUGUUUAUUUAUAUUUUGAUCAAAUUUUGGUGUAGGCGUAGAGUGUAAGCUAAAGCAAAUAUGGUGUGUUCUAACUCGAUUACAGAUCAUCAAGGAAUGAAAAAUUUUGACCGUUUCUUUUAUUGAAAUUACUUGUAAUAGAUAGUGUAAAUUCAUGUGAUGUAUUAUCAUACUUUUUUGUUUUGCUUCACUU